AUGACCGAAAAAACAUUCCAAGUCGUCGUGAUUGGGGAAGGAAGUGUCGGGAAGUCCGCUAUAUGUCUUCUCUAUGUUAAAGGAGAGUUCAAUGUCGAGUAUAAUCCGACAAUCGAAGACUCCUAUGCGGCAGAAGUCGAUGUCGAAGGGCAAAAGGUGAAAAUGAGUCUAAUAGAUACGACUGGUCAAGAGGAAUAUAUAUCAUUGAGGGAGCAAUAUUACUUGAAAGGAGACGCGUUUGUGUUGGUGUAUUCAAUCGACAAUAAGAAUUCAUUCCACGCGUUGAAGAACCACCGUGACGGGAUUCUGGGCUUUAGGACGGGGAAGAAGACACUGUUGGUGAUGGCGGGUAACAAGUGCGACUUGGAAGAGCAGCGCCAGAUCCCAACGGACGAAGCAAAAAAGCAAGCGGAGGAGUGGGGCAACAUCCCCUUCUUCGAGACAUCCGCGCAGAACAACAUUAACAUCAAAGAGCUCUUUGGGUGUGUUGCGAAGUUAUUAAUGGACGCCGCAAAAGAAGAGAAUGCACACAAGCCAGCAGAUCAAAAAGUCGAAGAAAAGAAGACUGAAGAUCCCAAAGAAGUGACUCAGACAACCAGCGAAGCAAAGUCGGGGUGUUGUGUUCUUUUCUAA